CCACUUUACGAUUCCACAAGAGAUCCUCCCUAUAAACGUACAGUGACGAACGGGCAGGCAAAGAUUGCGCAGGCAACAGAGCUUUCGACUUUCAUUGCUGUCCCAGAACUACAUUGAAGGAUGGCAUCUCGCCUUGCCUCCCUCACCCCUUCCAAAAAUGCUCGAUCAAGGGGUUCUCCUUCACCCUCCCCUUCUUCGGUGCAGUCACCACUAAGGCCGACAGAGACAACACACCACCGCAUGCUCAAGCUUGUAAUAGGUGAAAUCAAGAAUGUUAUAAGGAAUUGGGAUGAGAUAGUGAUUCUUGAAGGGUUCAAGUCUGCCAAAGGCUGUGUGGAUGAGGGUACAGAGAUGGACAACAUUAUAGAUGUAGAAGAACGGCCAGAGAGGGAAGAAGUAGGGCCUCAUUUAUCGUCUUUGUAUAAUCACCGGGUCAACUUGCAAUUGACCAUUAGUAAACUUGAUAACUUCCUCGGCAAACUGUGUCAGCUUGUCGAUCAAGCAGAGAAGGUGCUUCUAGGGGCUUGUCAAAGAGAGACAUAUGAUUUUGUAUUUAUCGAACCAUUAUGGCUCACAUGGACUCUAGAACAUUUCGUUAACACUAUUUCCUCCCUUAUUCCUCAUCACACCUAUCAUUUGGCCGAGCUAUCUGUUCUCGCUUCUACAAUUCUCGACCCAGCAACCGCGUUUGAUGAUGCGAAAUACGCUUUAGAGGCUUGGCGAGAUCUUGCGACAGGCGGAGAGAGAUGGGAAGCAGUCCGUGAAUGGGAAGAGCUGGUCGAGCUGGAAUUGACCAAAGCAGAGGAAGAGGAGGAAGAAGAAGAUAACGCAAAGGGAAGGAAAAAGCGGCGGUGAUAGUUGUCAAUUCGAAAAGCGAGCUAUCGCGAAGAGGUGUUAGAGGACACGAGUGGUUUGCACUUGAUCCAACAUGACAGAAGCCUGUAAGCAUCGGCCAAUAUUGCAACCAUCCUGCAAUAUGCUACGCUGCAGCUAGUCAAAGGGCCAGCUUAUGCGUUAUCCCCCCUGUAUAUUAGAAGGCAAGGACAUUAUUACUGUAUGCAUCCACA